CCCCCAGGAUGCCGUUUGGCUGCAUCGGACUGCGAGAUGAAAAGAAUUACAACAGCCUUUCUGACAUCACUGACAAGUAUGAGAUUGGACAGCUGCUACGAGCGAAGGAAUUCUGUGAGAUCUGUGUGGCCCGUGAACGACAGACAGACAGGCUAUACAUCUGCAAGAAAUUUCUCAAGAAAGAUGGGCGCAAGGUGCGAAGAGCAGCCAAGAAUGAAAUCUUCAUCCUAAAAAUGGUGAAUCACCCCAAUAUCUUACAACUGAUUGACACAUUUGAAACGAGGAAGGAAUUCUACAUUAUCCAAGAACUGGCUACCGGCGGCGAUGUUUUUGACUGGAUCCUAGACCAGGGGUACUACACAGAAAAGGAUGCCAGCAACGUUGUACGGCAAGUGCUGGAGGCAUUAGCUUAUUUACAUAAUCUGCACAUUGUUCACCGCAAUCUAAAGCUGGAGAAUCUUAUGUACUACAACCAGAACAACCGCUCAAAAGUGGUUCUGCGGGAUUUUUAUCUCUCACGUUUUGAGAAUGGUGCCAUCACAGAACCAUGUGGGACACCUGAAUAUUUAGCUCCUGAAGUGGUUGCUCGGCAACGCUAUGGACGUGCUGUUGACUGCUGGGCUGUUGGAGUUAUCAUGUUUAUUCUAUUGUCUGGGAACCCCCCCUUCUAUGAUGACACAGAUGAUGAAAAUAGCGACAGUCACAACCGCCGAAUCUUCCGCAAAAUUCUGGCUGGGGAGUAUGAUUUUGACUCUCCAUAUUGGGAUGAUAUCUCUGUCUCUGCUAAAAAGUUGGUGUCUAGACUAAUGGAGGUGGAUCAGGACCAACGAAUCACAGCCCAAGAAGCCUUGGGACAUAUCUGGAUAUCUGGAAACGUUGCUUCUGAAAAGAACCUCAAAGAAGGGGUCUGUGCACAGAUUGAGAAAAAUUUUGCCAAGGCCAAAUGGAGGAAAGCCAUUCGAGUCACUACAUUCAUGCAACGUCUCCGGGCCACAGAUGUCAGUGGCCGCCUCCCGGUUACUCCUCGUACCUCUAUGAGCGUGGCUCACGAGGUCACCAUUGAAACUCCCAGACUGGCUGAACAUUUGGAAACUCCAUGUUCACUAGAGGAGCAAGAGAGCAAGACAGAAGUAGCUGCUGAGCAGAGAGAAUAAUUGCUCUUGCUUCCCGAUGCUUUCUCUGCUGGAUCAACACACUCUGCUCUUCGAAGGGGAGGGUUCUGUGGGAUAGCAGCAUGGGGGAGCUUCACAGUGGUAUUAUCCAUUUCCCUAUUCCUGCCUAUUGGUCAGGAACUACUUGGUUUGAUGGACAGGCGACUGGACAUCAGGGCCAAUCAACCACAUCAAGUUAUGUAUUGUAUAUAGGAAAUAAAGCCUGAGGAUCAGAGGUACCAUUAGCUAGACAAUUUUCAGCUGUCAUCAAACGCAGUAUACACCUCAUACCUUUAUGGGAGUAUAGGCCUGCUUUUGAAGCCUUUCCCAGUAGCCAGUACAAGCCAUGGCCCUUGUCCUCCAGCUUUACUUUUCCCCAUGCAAUGAACCCUUAUGCCUUGCUGAGUGACAGUAUCUCUCAGGUCCAAAGACCAAGGUCCCACAAUAUUUUGCAUCCCUGCCUCUGCCACAGGGGCUUAGAAGACAGCACAGUUUGAUCCACAGUUGCUUCCCUCAGGGUGGAAAGCCAAAAAGGGGGGAAAACUUCACCUCCUACUUGUAGAUACUCUUAGGAACUAAGAACGCCUACACUGCUGGGUAAAAUUAU